AUGUGGCGUGUGCUUUUCUUAUGUGCCUUCGUGGGUUCCACCGUGGGGCAGUCCUGGGUAACGAAUAUAACUGAUAAUCUUCGAGAUGGGCUUUCGAGGGUGUUGGAGUCAUCCGUGGUCAACUAUACGACACCUGUGAUCAACGUUACUUAUGUGGCUAGGGUGGAAUUCGACAUGCGCGCGAUGGGACAUCUCUAUAACUCCAGCCACACUAUUAUUGACCUGAUCGCAAACAAAGAGGCAUACCCUGAAGGUAUAGUGUCGGUGUCGGAUGGUCAUAUAGAAAUAGAGCCACUACAGGAGAAUUGGAAACCGCUGCUGGUGCACUAUGCUGGCCCCGUUUCUGUGGUUAUCAUCGUUGGAUUGUUGGUUGCUAUUCUUCCGCUUACGGGGCUUUUUUGGUGCUGUUGUCAAUGGUGCAAGUCGGGUCGGCGCAGGAGACCAUUCGAUCGGAAAUACGACGCUUGCCUCAAGGGGAUACUCGCUAUUGUUCUCAUCGCUCUUCUUACACUAUUCUUGUUCGGUGUAGUGAGUGCCUUCGCGACGGAUUCUCAAAUAGAUACUGGCUCCGGGAACAUAGUGAAAACCGUUCAAGCGAGCACUCGCGAUCUUAGAGAGUUCUUAAACGCGACGCAGGCGCAUUCUAGGCAUCUCCUAGUCACCAAUUAUGAAGAACUAGAGGCUGAACUUAAUGAAAUGCUCACUAGUAGCGGCCAAACAGUGCUAAAGGUUUUGGACGAUUUUACAAGUGCUACGUCUGUGCAAAAGUUGAACGGUAUGGUUCAGCAAUUGGAUAGGGUGCCGGACGAUUUACGAACUGUGCAGAAGUCAACCGCAGCGCUGAGAACUAAGGCGGAAGAACUUGACGCUGGUUUACGUCGAGUCAAAGCGCUUUUGCAUCGAACGCUCGUCGCCUGUCAAGAGAAGGAAUGCAUCAAAUUGCAAGAGAAAUACCGCCUGGGACAGCUGGGGACAGAGAUACAGUACAAUAUGAUACCGGACGUAACAGAUCUGUUGGGGAAUGUCAGCGCUCUGCUGGAGAGUAACAUCAAGGAAGAAGUCGCUGCUGGUCUCGAGGUGUUCAGUGGAAUCAAACAGACGGUAGACCAACAUAUCCCGCGGGUGCAAGAAGCGAUCACUGACACCGGACGUCGCCUAGCAACCGUCGCUGAUGAAAUAACUUACAGAUCGGGUAACUUGAGUGAAAAACUAGCCCACGUAAAUGUCGAGUCUGGCGACAUAGAGCGGAACUGGACUUAUCGCAAGUACAUUUCGAAGGCUGCCGCCGCCGUGCUGCUUAUUAUAGUGCUAGUUAUGUCAUGGGGACUGCUCUGUGGAGUUUGCGGCAAGCGACCAGACGUGUACGGCGCUAGUGACUGCUGUAAUAAAGGCACUGGUUCGUCUUGUCUGCUUUGUGGAAUUGCAAUUACAUUGUUCCUCGGUGGAUUUGUCGCUAUAACGAUUCUCCUGUACUUCGUGCUGAGUGUUGCAGCGCAGAGAUUUGUGUGUGAUCCUCUUACUGAGCCCCGAGACAGCCGUAUAUUUGCCGACGUGGAGAAGUUCGUGGACUUGGAAUACUAUAUGUUCAAUGAGCGGCGCGAUCCAAACUUCAACAUCACAGCGGUUAUGGUCGACUGCCAUCUCAAUAAGACUGUGUAUGAGGCGUUCCACAUGAACCGUCUCUAUGACCUGGAAGCGGUUAAGCAGUCCGUGGAAGAGGAACUCGGCCGUCGCGUGUCUUCACUUCGCACUGACUAUCCUCCUCGUGGUCGUCCACUGCGCAUUCUCAAGCCAGCCGCACGUGCCAAACUAGAUCAACUUGCGAAUACCGGCCUUUCCGAUUUCAACUUCGAUAAGAUACUCGAGGCAUUAGAGACGAACAUCACAUCCCUGCCGCUAGAGGCGUUGUCGUCGCAACUUCAGUCCACCGCGCGUUCAUUGACUGGUCGCGCUGGGUAUGUGGAAGUGGCCCAAAGUCUCCGUCAUGCUGCGGAACAGCUAGAUCAACUGCAGAGGGAUGUCGUAGUGCCCAUGAUUAUGCACACGGCACAGCUUAACACUACAGCAACUGAACUACGAGAUGUGCUCCGUUUCAAUCAAUCAUCGUUAAAAGAGGCCAUACAGUAUCGAAUCAGAGAUACGACAGAAGUCGAGUUGUUCCUAAAUACACAGGGGCCCGAUUUGGUUCAAAAUCUGACUCGCGAAUUUGCUGAAGUCGUCGGUGAGCGGUUACAGGAAUAUCUCUCGUUGGUCGUGGUUGCUGCGCGCACGCAAGUUGGUCACUGUGAACCCGUAUCCAAUGCGUUCAAUGCCACGCGCGAUGCAGCCUGCCGUGCCGUUCUUAUGCCUGCAAAUGGUUACUGGAUUUCCUUGGUAUGGUGCGUGUUUCUGUUCGUGCCGCUGCUUGUCGUUGCGCAGCGGUUGUCCCGUCUCUACCGACAUCCCGACCCUUAUCCAGGACCACUUGUUGAGGCCGAAUAUUUGUAUGACGCGUACGCGGACCGCGAUAACGUACCCCUUGCCAAUGGAUCGAAGCGUAGCACGCUGGACAUCGAGGGCAAGAUCGCUGAAUGGCGUGGCAGGAACCGCGCGGCCGGUGACGGUGACGGACCUCUGGUAGACAGCGAAACUGGAGACGCGUCUCCACAAUCGAGAACUCAGCUCGUAGUUGGAGGAAGGGGAGAGGUCGUCUGCGCUCUAUUACCACCGCCGGCGGCGCUCAUUGACGACCUCAAAACGCGUCUGGAUGCCAAAGACGAAGACAAUGAGUCGGGCAUUCACGAAUCGGAAUAA